ACUGCAUGCUGGGAAAUCCAGUUCCCGCGAAAUUUGUCUGGCGCCAGAAAUUAUUCCCUCUGCAAUUUUUGUGUUUAUUCGUCGAGAACUCGCCAUUUCUUCUUUCAAUUGGCUGAACACAAUUUCUUAAAAAAUGUUGGGAAGGAUGGAAGGUUGUAGGGACGCAGAAUUUCGUAUCUAUAAGGGAAAUGGCCAGGUACAGCGAUCCAGGACUGACCAGCGGUGUGGUGACCGUGAAGAAAGACAAGCACGGAAUGGCGACCGGGGAAGGCAUCAUGAAUCUGAGCGGCGGCGGGAAAACAGGCGCGAUCGGAGUGACAACAGACGGCCAUUUCGAGAUAGGAGCUAUGAGAAGAUGAGAGAUAACAGGAGUUCAUGCUAUAAGCCUAAUGGUUACCUGAAGAAGGAACAGACAGACAGCUCCAGUCCCACAGCCUACAGAACCAAGAGUGGAUGGGCUGACAUGGCAGAGGAGUUUGAGAAACAGACCAGCAUCAUUCAGGGGGAACUAGACAGAUAUCAGAAGAAGCGUCACAGGACUGGUUCUACUGGAAGUAGUGAACAAGAAGACAACAGUAAAGCAAAUCCCGCCAUGUGUGAGACUGACCAAGUCACUCUCAUGAGGAGACAGAAGCAGAUUGACUAUGGCAAAAACACACUGGCAUACGACAACUACAGCCAGAACACUCCCAGACAUGCCCGUAAGAAGGAUGACCCAUGGACUCCGACUAAGUUCGCUGUGUGUAGCAGACGUGCAUGGGAUGGACGGAUUAAGGAAUGGCGUAAAAAACUACAUAACUGGGACCCUCAGAUCGAACAAGUCAGUGCAUCAGCUGAAGGUAUUGUUGAGGAGGAGGCCUGUCUGGAUGAUGUUCCUGACCUGGAGCUUUUGGAUCCCAUGGACAUCGACAAGGAGCAGACCUUUACCAUCUAGGACCUUAACUGAAGAAUUCCGACCAUGUCAGCGACAAUGAGAAUGUUGAAGGUCAAAUCCUCAAUUUCAUACAAUUAUGUUUGUACAGGUAUCCAAGUGUUUUCAAGGUUUUGCAUAAGAUUGCAGAUUAAAUGUUUUAGUUUCUUUUCUUUUUAUAUUGUAUAUUAUAUAUUAAUGUACUAAUACCUCAUGUACAUGGUAACAUUCUUACCCUUAGAAUGCAGUUCUACAGGGUUUAUAGCCACAUGCAGAUGUUUUAAAACAUUGUACACAAAACAUCUUUGAAAUAAAGUUUUCUGUGUUUCAGUUUCCUUUACAAGAUCCCCUCAGAAUUGCUAUUUUGUUGGAGCCUAAAUCCAGACUAGAAAAUAGCGAAUAUUGCUCAGGAUAGUAGCAAUUGAUGCUGCAAAGUGCGUUCCUUUCGUAUACAUUGUACUUUAUUUCGUAUACUUUCUCUAGUUCGUAGUGGUACAUUGGUCAGCAAGUUGUUCCUUGCUGUUUCUGUAUUACAGUAUAAUUUUACAGGGAAGGGUUGCCAACUCGAGGAACCUCCCUCCUUGAACACAGGACGCCCAUUUUAUGUCGCUUGUGAAAGAGGA